GUCAACCUCCAAAAUGUAUUUCGUGUCAAUUACCCACAUGCCCUGCUCAUAAACACAUAAACACUUGCAGUUAGACAGAGGAUCCACACACCCACAUUUAAAAUAUUUCAAAUGCAGGCUUAUCACUGUAAAUGCAAUAACAGAUGAGCACAGCAUUGAACAUCAGAUACAUACUAAUUCAGACUAUACUCCUCAUGUGUACAUGUGUCAAACAGACUCACACAUGGGACGUGUUGCUGUAGACAUUCAAACACAUCAGACUUUCUGAAGAUCACAGCGCAGGAUGUGUGUAUGAAUUGAGAUGGAGCUCAGGCCAGUGAUGGAGGCAGGACUGAACUGCAGCUCUCACUGUGAGUCUGGCGUCUGCUUCAUCUACCCCGGAGUGAACCUCCAGCAGGGCUGGGACGUCCUGCAGAGACUGUGUGCGCUCACAGCGUGGGGUGUGGAUGCACAGAGUCCAUCGCUGUCUCCUGCUCUCCGUGCUGUAGUCUGGACGCUGCUCUCUUGUGGGAUUCUGCUUUCGCUAUUCUUCCUCAUUUUCACGCUGCGCUUCAAAAACAACAGGAUAGUGAAGAUGUCCAGUCCCAAUCUGAAUGUGCUGACUCUGUGUGGAAGUGUACUCACAUACAGCAGUGGCUUCUUAUUCGCCGUGGAGGAGAGAGCGCUGCUGUCAGGAGCAGGGUCCAGGGCUGUCUUACAGGCGCGGAUGUGGACACUGUGUAUCGGCAGCUCUCUGGUGUUCGGCCCCAUUCUUGGGAAAACAUGGCGGCUCUACAGAGUGUUCACUCAGCGUGUGCCCGACAAGAGAGUGAUCAUUAGAGACAUCCAGCUGAUGGGUUUGGUUGCUCUGCUGGUCCUAGUUGAUGUAGUUGUUCUAGCAGCAUGGGGUCUGACGGAUCCGAUCAAGUGCUCAAACUCUAUCAGUGCUAUGGUGAAGGUUGUAGAAAGGGAUGCGUUCUACUCUCUGUCCCAGUCGGACUCCUGUUCUUCUCUCUACUCGGACCUGUGGGUAAUCUUGCUCUCUGUGCUUAAGGGCAGUCUCCUCCUGUACGGCACAUAUCUUGCCGGCCUGACAAGCAAUGUGAGCUUACCUCCAGUAAACCAGUCUAUGACCAUCAUAGGUGCUGUCUGUCUGGUCACCAUGUCGAGCGCUGUGGCCGUACCUGUGUCUCUUUACCUGUACGCCUGGCCCAAUGUGGUCUACAGUGUAGUGUCUGGAGCCAUCUUCAUCUGCACAAUGGCCAUCAAUUGUCUACUGUUUGUUCCUCAACUGACCCAGUGGAGACAGUUUGAAGAGGAGACAAACUCUCACCCCGGUCAAAUGGCCAAAUACUUCAGUAGUCCCAGCAAGACCACACACUCCAUGUACAGUGAGGAUGAGGUCUAUUAUCUACUUGGAGAAAAUGACUCCAUGAAAAGACUCAUCAAUGAGAAGAAUGCCGUUAUUGAUAGCCUACAGGAACAAGUGAACAAUGCCAAGGACAAGCUGCUCAAACUGAUGACUGCUAGCCACCCCUUGGAUGAAGUAGAAAUGGACUCCUCCAACACGAACCUCAACUCCACCUCCACCCAAACCACAGUGGUAUCUCCUGAUUCUCCAACACUAAUGAAGUAUUCAGAAGUUGCUCCCACCAGAGUUCUCUCUCCACCUCCCUAUGUACCUCCUCCACCGCUUCAUGCUCACAUUACCUCACAGCAAACAUCCCCUGAAGGUGCAGUAGCUUCAGAAGUUCCUCUGUCUUCACCAUCACACCUGAGGUAUUCACCUCCUCAAGAUGUCUCUUCUAAUGAGGUCUCUCGGGCUGUAAGUCUGAAUGAAAGCACAGAAGAUGCAGUUCCAACCAUGAACAAUCGUAGAAACUCAGUUCUUGGAAAAGAAAUUUCGGAGAAGCCACUAGAUGUGUCUGUAGAUCAAGACUAUUCAGCCCAGGGUUCCUCUCCAUUAGGUCCCGCUCGAUGUAGUUUACCUCAGGUAGAGUCUCCAGUGCCAUCGGCCUCCGUUGAGCUUCCUGUCAUGUCACCAACAGGACGACUGGGUUUUGUAACCAAUGAGCAGCUAGAGGAGAUCUUGCAGGACCUGAGUGUGGAUGCCGUAAGCAGCUCCGUCAAAUCACCCGACCUCAAUCCGGGUGAACUGAACACGGCACUUUCACCCCGAUCUCCUCUACAAUUCUUCUUCCCCACCGUCUCACCCUAUCUCAUGCGUAAACGCAGACCUCCUUUUCACUCCUCGAGAGGUGGACCUCCUCCGUACUAUUUUCCAGGCUCGGUUCCUCCAGGGCGCAGAAGGGCAUCAUCACUAACGGACCAAGAAAAGUGGAGGACCGAUGGCUCUCAAAGACCUGACUUGUGGCAUGAGGGAAGGAGGAGGAGAAGGGAUGAAAAGGCACAGGCACGACGUGGCUCGGGACAGGAGAGUUGGGAAUGUUCUUCUCACAAAUGCUCCAUAAUGCCUUUCACGGGACAGGUUCCUCAGCCUGCCUCUGCUGGACUGAUAGAGGGGGUAAAAAACUCAGAGGAGCCAUAUGACUACUCAGACUCUGACUCCAGCAGCUCAGAGGACUACUCUUACUACCAGCGGCCCUACUGCGGGGCCUGUCAUCAUCCCUACGACUCUACAGACAGCCUCACCUCAGGGACCUCUGACAGCGAGGAUGAGGACUUCUACCACUCAGCACAUCCGGUUGUGAACUUUAAAGUGGACGUUAAACCAACCUUUGUCUGAACAGACUGCACAUCCACAAGUUAUAUUUGACAUGAUGCUCUUUUUGUUUUGUUUGGACCUAAUUAAAUUAUUCAGAUAUAGACUAUCUGUUUGUGUGUGUGUGUGUGUGUGUGUGUGUGUGUGUGUGUGUUUUGGUUUUUUUUUUUUUAAGAAGUCUCUUAUGCUCAGCAGGGCUGCAUUCAUUUGAAAAAUAUUUUAAAACGUAUUUAUCGGAAAUAGAAUUCAAAUAGUACUACUGUAAUCAGUAUAUUAGAAUGAUUUCUGAAGGAUCAUGUGACACUGAAGACUGGAGUAAUGCCUUCUGAUAAUUCAGAUUUGCCAACACAAGAAUAAAUUACAUUUUAAAAUAUAUUAAAAUAGAAAACAAUUAGACACAUACAUUAAUAAAAAAAAUAAUUAAAAAAUCCUUUUCUGAACUUUUGACCAGUAUUUUACAUUAAAAAUGCACUUAAAUACACCUAUUCUAUGUAAAACUUAUGUUUAAUAAAAUGUAAUUAUAUUUUUUGGUGGUGUCUAAAGUAAAGAAUAUCCAAUAGUCUUAUUAAUGGCAAAAUUCGUUUAGAAUAUAUUUUAUUAUUAUUACUUAACUAAAUCAUUAAAAUAGGAAAGGAUAUGACAGAGACAACUCUGUCAAGGUCAGUAUUUAUUAUUAUUUUUAAAUUUUUUAGUUCAGGUUUUCAGAUGUCAAACUGAAUCUGGAAUAAUGUGUUUUAUUAUUAUUAUUAAAAUAUGUUUGGAAAUUGUGAUGUAUACAUAUUCCGUUUACUUGAUCACAACAUUUUUUUGAGAUUUUUAGCCAUAAACUUUAUAUCAUGUAAAUGAAAACAUAAAUUAUAAUGUACUGGGUCAUAAAAAAAUUAGGUUGUUGGUCUUGCGUACCUCUUUUCUGAUUACGUAACUAAUGAAAAUGAGCCAUUUGAGUGAGUGGAGAGGGAAAGUGAGCCAAUACCAACUUUGGUCUUUCCUGUGUCUGUUAAAAAAGGUAUUUGUUUACACUUAUUUCUUCAAUAAAGCUAUUAUUAUAUAGUUUCAGGAAUAUCCAUACUCUUUUUAAACUUUUAAAAAAUGUAAUUCGAAACCAUGGGUUAUAUGACUGAUUUUUAAAAUCCUAUUUACAUUAAUUUAUUUAGAAACACUGUGCAGCUUAAAAGAGAGAUUGAAUAAGGAGGACAUACUCCAAUGCAAAUACUGUCAAAAUGUACAUGAUCACAAUAAAAACAAACAGCUGUGAAGUUAGCUUUUAAUUUGUUUUGUAUUGCUUUUGAAUUCUUAUUAUGUUCCUUGAUCAUUUAAAAUGGCUCUUGGAGUCAUAUCUUCCCAUUGAUAAAUCUUUCUUUUGCAAUAGUAAAAUGAUUUUAGUUUUCGUUGCUUUAGUUUAGUUAGUCUGUUUAUAGUAUUUAUUUUUGGUUAGUCGUGUGUGUGUGUGUGUGUGUGUGUGUGUGUGUGUGUGUGGAUUUUUUAUAAACAAUAAUGUUUACCAAGGAUGUUAUAUAUUUGUUUAUCUCCUAAUUUAUCUAAUUUAAACUCUAAAGAGGAAAUAUGACUGAAGAACCUGAGCAGCAUGCAUCCUGUUAUUUCUUCAAACAGAAACUGAAUAAUUUUUUGCAUUUAUGUAAAUAUUUUAGUGUAUGUGAAUGUGUUUAUCUCUGUAUCCCUCUUGUAAACGUUUUCUCUUUGAAUAAGUUUUUUUUUAUGUAAUCUCUCUUUGAAAGGAUUGAGCAUCUACAAAUACAUGAACAUGAUUGCAUAAGCAUACUGAGACCGAAUGAAAGAUGUGUUUAUCAUUGUUUGUGCAUGUGAAUAAAAGUGUGUACAACAGUGUAUACAUUUGUGCAUGUGUGCAAACACGCAUCUAAACUUGCCCAAGGAAGAAUUUGCAUUAAGGAAAAAAGAAAACGGCAACUUGCAUUACUUGCAUCACUUGUUCUAUUGCAGAUGAAGGGCUAUUUGUGAAACAUCAUUGUAAAAUGUGCUCAAAGCAGGAAGAUCACAUCACAGAAAAGAGUGGUAGCAGAAAAGUAGCACAGACAUUGUGAAACAUUCAGGAUGUAUACAGUAUGAUGGUUGCAAAUGAAACAUUGCAAUGUCGAUCUAAACCACAAUUAUGUUGAUGCCCGGGGGAAAGGGAGAAUCUGCCCAUCUAUGAAAUGUAAAUAAGCAAUUAUGUUGGAUGCAAUGUUAUGCAAGCCCACUGCAGGAAUGUGCAAUCAUUUUUAGCUGAAACAUUAUUGUGUUAUGUACAUCAUCCUUGCACUUGAAUAUUUAUACUUCCCUGCUGUAAAAGCAAAAAGUUAAAUAACAACCUUCUAACACUUUGCUAAUGCAUAAGCCGUCAGAUUCAAAAAGAAAAAAAUUAAUUGCAUAGAACUUAUUUAGCAUCGCCCCAGUAAAUAGUUUUGCUGAUUGUACACCGGUCAAAGGACAAAGCCAACAUGGUACGA